CCGUAGAUGACUAGAUGUUGUUGAACAUUUGGCUAACACAGAAUUGUUCAAGUUCUCGAGGACAGAACCCAGAAACCAACAUUCAAACACAAAAGGGGUUUGGUUCGGACAAGUGAAGGUACAAUGGACGAUUACACUCGAGAGAUGAUGGAUCUCAAGUCGUUGGUUACUCGAACCCUAGAGAAGAAGGGCGUUCUCGCCAAGAUCCGGGCCGAGCUUCGCGCAAGUGUGUUCGAGGCAAUCGAAGAGGAGGAUCGGGCAAUCGAGAAAGACGAAGAUCUGCCUCCGGCAUUGUUGGGCAGCUGCAAUGACCGCGCGAAACAGCUUCACGCUUCUCCAUCAGGAAGGUUGCUCACUGCUUUAAUAUGUGAGUACUUGGACUGGGCGCAGCUAAAUCACACUUUGAAAGUAUAUCUACCCGAAUGCAAUUUGCAAAAGGAUUCCUGGAAGGGCGAGUUGAGAGAAUUCAGUAGCAAGAACGGUUAUGAGCUUAACAGAAAUGGGGAUAGUGGGCCUCUCCUUCUGGAUGUUCUUGAAGGCUUCUUGAAGUUCGAGAACUUGACCCAGUCCAUGGGUAGUGCAAGGAGAGAUUCGGAAACUGAAUCCUCAUCGAGCCUGGAAUCUGGAAAUCCUCGCAGAUAUUUGUCAUCAUCUGCUUCUGGGGGCUUACCUCCUCUAGGAAGACCUGUCUCUGCACCUCGAGGAUCCGAUCGAAGAGCUGGCAUGUCUUCAUCCGGGUAUAGAGAAGAUGAAUACAACUGGAGAUACGACAAUCAGGAAGUACCAGAAGAGAUGAUUCGAGCUUCAGCAGCGUUGGAAAAUCUUCAUCUUGAUAGGAAAACUCGGAAUUUAACGUCAUCGUGGCGGAAUGUCAGAGAUGGAACGAGUGGAGAAGACGGAAGGAUGGAUUAAUGUUCGGUUAGUCUUCCCGUGUAUGUAUUUGUGCUCCACUUGAUUUCCUGCGUCACUCGCGUUCUUGCUCAACAAGGCUGUGAAUGAGAUCUCUAUAAACAGAUGCAAACCCUUCAGCCUCUUAGACUGAAAAGCCCCAAACCCUCAGGGAGAAGCUUAUGGGAAGGUGGAUACGUUCUAUAGUGGAAGAAGCUUAAAAGAGUUGUUCUGAGGUAGUUUGAAAACUCAGACAAAGACAUUAUGGGGCAAGGGUUGUAAGAUUUGUGAAAAUUAUGUGCUUUUAUCGUGUUGUAUGUCCCAAAUCUCGGUCCAUGUGAGUUUAGAGCAUUGAACUGUGUUUUUUGGCAUUCAUCUUCAGGUGGUAGACUGAUCUCAAUAUUUUUUUUUUUGGUAAUCGGAUGUUUUGAAUCGAGGUCCAGAUUAAUCUCGAAACCAGAAUUAAACUAUA